AUGCGAGAUUCUCCCCCGCAAAUCAGCGACGUCCUCACUUCGCUGCGUCGUUCUUCUUCUCCUCGUGCCUCUAGGAUCAUAUAUACCAUCUAUACCACACUUCGCGGAACUGUCAUCCUUACUCCGUGGAUCAUUUAUCUCGGCGCCACAAAUAUUCUCCUGUCUUUACUACUCCCCUUUUCAUUUCUUUUCCCCACAGCCGUCUACGAUAUUUCUUCUCUUCUCGCGUGGUCCGUAUGGGCAGGUAUCCAAGCAAUCUUCACAAAGAUCAAUGGUGCAGAAAUUACCUUUUCAUACUCAUACAAAAAUACAAGCCCAGCAGCGGGAACGGCAGCGGCAGCAUCAGCUGAUACAGGAAAUCGCAAAAUUCACAAGGUUCAUGGAAUUGGCAAAUCCAGUGGAAUCGACAUUUCCCCGUCCAUUGACACGGAAACCACUACCUCUCGAAAGCAGAACGGCGCACCUACAGCAUUAAAUAAUGCCUUUAUCCAAGAAGACGUGGGAAAACAAAGAGACGGCGCAAUAGCCGCUAACAAGAUCUCUACCAAUAACAUCAAUGAUAUCCUACCACAGCACGAAUCAGCCAUUGUGAUUGCCAACCACGUGUCCUGGACAGACUUUUACAUGAUCCAAGCGCUGGCGUCGCAGGCCGGCAUGCUCAGUCGAUGUCGAUGGUUUGCGAAGAAGCAGUUACGCUGGGUCCCGUUUCUGGGAUGGGGACUCUGGGCCAUGCGCAUGCCGCUGGUGAGUAGGAAGUGGAUGGUCGAUCGGCGGGAAAUGGAGCGUGUGUUUGCCGGAGUGGCCGAACAUAAAUGGCCUCUUUGGCUCAUCUCCUUUUCCGAAUCCACGCGAUACACACCCGCCAAAUACGCCGCCACGGCCGAGUGGUGUCGCUCCCACCACCGUCCGGUCCCGCAGCAUACAUUGUACCCGCGCACAAAGGGCUUUGUGGCUACUGUCCAGCAGCUGCGGCGGAGCGCACCCCAUGUCAAGGCCGUGUAUGAUUUGACUCUUGCUUAUGCUUCCCUGUCUUCUUCCUCCUCUCCUUCUGAGUCUCUUUCUGAGUCUCCUUCGUCAACCCCAUCUGCGUCCCCUUAUUCAUCUUCAUCUUCAUCUACCGCAGAUCCACAUUCCUCCUCAUCCUCUCCUGGCCCUUCUUCUUCAACCCCCUCAACCUCGUCUUCCUCUUCAUCUUCCUCUCCCUCUUCCGUUUCUACUUUCCCGUCACGAUCAGCAGAUACAGCAGAUACAGCAGGCGAAGGAGGCGGCGAUGGAGGAACAAAACCAUCAGUCGCCCCAGUCACACCAAUCACACCAGUCGCAGCAGCACCAGCACCAUCAUUCGCAUCGGAGGUACCGGCAGCAGCACGCGAAGCAGGCGGCAAAGCUCGCUCCGGUAGUGGUGGUAGUGAUGCCCCUCUAUCGUCGCCACCACAACCACCACCACCAACAACAAAAACAACAACAACAAAAACACCCCACUUCAUGAACGCACCAAGCAUCUACCAGACUCUCUUCCACCCACACUUACGCCACACAUGGCGCUUCCACAUACACGUCGAGCGGCACGAGCUGGCCGCGCUGCCGGACACGGACGCCGGGCUGGCAGAAUGGUUAGAAGGGCAGUGGAUACGCAAGGGCCAGAAACUGGAGGAAUUAAGACGGGGGUUGGAGAGAGGUGAGAAGUGGGGUGAGAGGUGGGGAAGGGAAUUGUAGCUUGGUUGGGUAGUCUGGCUCUUUUCUUUUCUGUUCUUUUUUUUUCACAUUUACUUUCUUUUUUCUUUUUUCUUUUUCUUUUUCUUUUUUUUGGGCCCUCUUGGCAUGAUAGGCCUUGACACGUUAAGCGCACACAAAGACGUAGUAUACGAUGGACGUGGAGAGACAGAUAUACAUAUACAUAUACAUGCUUUCUUCAUUCACCAGUCACCAUUCACCGUUCAUCAGAAUCAAGGGGAGAUAAAAAGAAAGGAAGAAAGAUUCCAUCUACGUUCGUGAUAUUCGGGCAACAUCGGAGUAAAUGAUGUGUUAAAUCGCAUCAUAUCUUUCCCAGAGACAAAAAGUCCAAGUGAAAACCGAUAAAUGACAAAAUGACAAAAUGACAAUACGACAAAACAAGUGAUAAAUGAUAAAUGAUAAAUUGAUGAUAUUCUC